AGGACUGGCAUGGUGAAGAAGUUACGCAGAGGACGUAGCUGUGUGGGCGGAUCUGUGGGAGCCAGUAGCAGGCUAGGAGAUCUCCGUCGGCGGCGUUAGCCAGACGGGCUAGCAAUGACUGAUAGGAUUACUACUGCCGGGGUCUGGAUUGUGAGCCACCAAACAUGAUUUUAUGGAGACCACCCUACAAGGCCUGAGCUGAUUUGUCAGCCUUGUGUAGGUUUGGGUUUCACCCCCGAGUGUCCUCUGGAGAUCAGCUGACCAUGGUGGUCUGAACAGAGGAAAGCCCGGCACAACGUGAGUUUACAAGGCUCGACCGAGAGAGGAGCAGAUACAGACCGCAGCAAAGAGAAAAAACAUAUUUAAACACAACAUGACUCAAAACGCAGAACUGGUGGUUUUCUACGUAAACUAUAAACUCUCCCAGAGAAAUUAUCCUCUCAACCACAUGGGAAUCAUAGAGCCUCCAAACAGGACCGAUGGGGGGGAGGCAGGGUCGGGUGAGGAGCAGCGGGUAGCAACGCAAGCCAACGGGACUUUUAAUGGCACAAGUCCCGGGACCCCGCCGGCGUCUCCGCUGCGGCAGCAACGAUUGCCUUCAACGACGAGCCUGGACGCGGUAAAAGAGGCCCUCCGGGACUCUGCUAACGAGUUCGAGCUGCGGUACGCCCGUGCCUUCAGCGAUCUGCACAACCAGCUGCACAUCACGCCGGCCACGGCCUACCAGAGCUUCGAGAACGUGAUGGAUGAGGUGUUCCGGGACGGGUUCAACUGGGGCCGCAUCGUAGGGCUUUUUGCUUUCGGCGGCGCGCUGUGCGUGGAGUGCGUUGAGAAAGAGAUGAGUCCGCUCGUGGGCAGGAUCAUUGAGUGGAUGACGGUCUACCUGGACAACCACAUUCAGCCCUGGAUCCAGAGCCAAGGAGGAUGGGAGCGCUUUGCCGAACUCUUCGGGCAGGACGCGGCGGCAGAGAGCCGGAGGUCUCAGGAGAGUUUCAAGAAGUGGCUGCUGGCAGGGAUGACCCUGGUGACCGGAGUCGUUGUGGGCUCGCUCCUCGCCCAGAAACGCCUGUGAAGACAACCUUCCUAACACUCCUCCGUCACUCAACCUGCACACAAGUUAAAAUGAAGGUCCCAUUUGUCUCGUCAGAACUGCUGAUGAUGUUUACACACACACACACACACACAUACACACACACACACACACACCCCUAAGGACUAAGAAUUCUCACAUGUUGAACUUUUGAGAAAAAGACAAGAGGAAGAGUUACUAGUAUUCAUGUGUUAUUCCACCUCGAUGAGAAUAUGUGCGAUUAUACAGAGACAGACAUGUAAUUCUUUCAUUCACUGAAGCGAUUGUUCCUUCUAUUCCUUUCUGCACUCGUUCUGUCUUCAUGUUUGUGUACAUUAGUUUUAACAAAUUUUUGGUUUCCCAUGUUCGCCCUCAUAAAGACACUCAAACUGACUGCAGUCUUGGCAGAUAUAAAGAGUCAGUGUGUUACGGGCCCGGGCUGCUCCAUGUGUCUCGUCCCCCACAGACAGCUCCACAAUAGCUUUGUAUGUGCCAUAUGGAGAGUGAUGGCAGGGGAGGAUGUAGCACCUUCCCGCUGAACAACUUCAUAAUCCAUAGUUGACCCGUCCUUCAUGUGUAAUGGUUCUGUACGAGUGCUGAAAGAGAAGGAGUCACACAGAUUUUAGUUAACGAAACACGGGAGUCUGAAACUAAAUUCCUAACUCCUCUGCUUGUUCGUGUUUGUUGAUGUGUUUUGUUUUGGUGAACCAUUAAACCCCCCCCCCCCCCCCCCCCCUGCCCCCGCUGCUCUGCGCGCUAUGGUCACACUUGGCCGCGACUCGACCUGUUUGUGUUUAGUCAGCCCGCAGAGUGCCAGACCACUGCGUGCGGCAAGUCCUCUGAAUCCGUGCAGUUCAUACUGCAGAGCCUCCAUGUUUACCGCACAGUAGCUGAGGAAUGCAGCACAUACUGUAGCAACGCGUACAACAGACCGAGCGACACAUGAGACUCUCCAGGGUCGGAUAUCUGGCUACGUUUUUAUUUUGGCAAGACUUUAUUUUAACCCCCCUAUUUAGCAUUUAUAAGCAGUAUAUAAACGUUUAAUAAAUGCUUUAUGAAACAGUAAACUAGUGUUUAUCAAAGUGUUUGUCAACAAUAAUAACUUCUCUAUGAUGCAUCUAUAACUGGUGUACAAACAGUAACUAAAUGACUGACAAAAAGAUCAUUAUUUAAUAUGAUUACACACCUUUACAGUCUGAUUUUAGACAUUUAAUAAAGUAAUGAUCAUUCGCAGGCAGGUUUAGAAAUAGUCCAUGUACUACAGGGGUUUGAGAAAUAUUUCAUGUUGACUUAAAAUGUAACACCUAAAGCCCGGCCGAUACUGACAUUAAUAUUUUGGAGUUUCUAAAGUCAGAUAAUUGAAUCGGCGACAGCUCGAACAUAAACAAGAAAUCUACUCAGAGGCUCAUUUCACUUUGUGCUGACAGUGACACUGUCUCAAACCUAGUUUGGCACUUCUGCUCUGCAACUGUUUUUAAUUUAUCAGCCCACUUGCACACUGAUAAACGUAUCUGCCAUGAGGUAACAUCAGCCGAUAUAUUCAGAAGAAUUAUUGUUAUUCGUUCAUUUUCUGUUCAUAGUCCAGUUAUAUGCCAAGUUAUAAUUGUCGGGAAAAAAAUACAUCAAUAAACACUUGAAAUACCCUUAUGUUGGUUUACAACUACAUUAUGGUGCGUUGUAAACUAUUUAUUUAUUGUUCCUGGAGCUGCAAACAUUCAGUCAACUGAUGGAUAAGUCAACAGCUUUAAUAAUGAAUCAAUAAUUAUUAAGAAAAAAUGACAAAUACUCUGGUUAAAUGUGAGGAUUCGCUGCUUUUAUCUAAUGUCAUGUUAUAUAAUUGUAAAUUUAAUAUCUUUGGGUUUUGGACUGUUGACAUUGGAAGACUUGAUUUAACAGACAUGUUUCUCUGUUUCUGACAUUUUAUAGACUGAUCAAAAGAAAAAAAACGGACAAAAAAAGUAAGCGUUAUUUGCAGCUAUAACUGUUUAUCCUGCUCAGUAGGGUUGAAAUAAAGUGUUAUCAUUUGCGUGCUAAUUUUGCAAUAAAAUCUUUAAUCAUGUGGUGCAAUGCUCAAACAGGAGGUUAUUUUUCAUCUGUCCUCAUUCAAUAAUCAUUCCUAAUAUUUAAACCAUUGGUCAAAUCUUACAUUUAUCGGUGACGCAGUUAUGCUUCAUGUGAACAUCACAGCCUUUUGAAGAUGUAUGUAGCAAAGUGGUGAAGCAGCUGAGGAGACAGUCAGUUCUGCAUCAGAUGUUAUUUGAGUUUAAUUAGAAAUGUGUCUGUGUAGAACUGUCAGUGGCUGUUGGACACACAAACCUCACAUCUCAUCUCACACAUGUUCACUCCAAGUUAUCCAUGCAUUGCUCUCACAGUCCUCCUCCUCCGUCCUCCCCAGACACUUCAAAUCUGUCAAUCUCCAUCCUCCUCCUCCUUUCUCCCCCUCCAUCCAGCUCCACCUCUUCCUCUGCGAUUCCCCCGGCUGUCACUGCACCUAGUCACGUGUGUCAGUCACAGCUGGCCCACCUGCUGCUGCUGCUGCUGCUGCACACAAACACCCCUCAGCUUGUAAUGCACACACACCUGCUAGUCACAUGCAGUGCGUGAGAGUCGGGGAGAAGGAGCCCUCGUCUUUGUUUCCGAACAUCUUUCCAUCUUUAAUUUGAAGCUGGAAGUCGGAGGAGUGUUUGUCGCCUGGCGUUUCACGCACCAACAACUGGCAGCUCGAUUAAUUUACUGGGAAGGGAGGGGAGGUGGGAGCUACUCCUCCCUAUCCCCAGUACCCCCACCCAGUGCUUUAAUCUUGAUCUCUUUCCAAAUACUGUCUCCAGCUAACACAUGUCCUGGGUUUUCAUGUGUUAAAGCAGCUCCAUAAAGCACAAUACAGGCAGGUGCCAUUUUCUCUUCAAAGAGAAUUAACAUUAAAGUGGGAACACCACCUAAAUUAAGAAUUCAAGUCGGUUAGUUCCAUGGCCGAGGAAAGUUCAAUUAAUAUCAGUGAACUCAUGUUGAUAUUGGAGCUGCUCUCUCUCUCUCUCUCUCUCUCUCUCUCUCUCUCUCUCUCUCUCUCUCUCUCUCUCUCUCUCUCUCUCUCUCUCUCUCUCUCUCUCUCUCUCUCUCUCUCUCUCUCUCUCUCUCUCUCUCUCUCUCUCUCUCAAGCCAGAAACCAGAGAAGUACUGCUGCGUUGAGCUCGGAGGUUUCCUCAGUGUAAAGUCCAGCUUCUGACCGGGACAGACUGGUGUUUCUUUUGUAAGUGUUCACACUGUCAGCAGUGCAGACGCCACAUUUUUGGGGGUAAUUGUAUUAUUUUUAAUUAAUUACGAGUAGGAACUCACACUUGUGAUAUCAUCAAGUAUAAAGUGUGGAGCUGCUCCACAGACGAUGCACAGAGACCCACUGAAUGUUUGUUUUCUUUUUUGUACCCAAAUGAUCUUUAUUCUAUUGCAGUGUUGUCAGUUGUGAAUCAGAACAUGUAGCAUACACUCACAACAUUCCCCUGGCUGCUCUGUCGUCUAUAACUCACAAGUCUAUGGAGCACUUCCACACUUUAUACUUGAUGACAUCACACAUUUGAGUGUUCUUCUAGUUUUUGGAGAGUUGUUCAUGUACACUGUAUUUUGGACUGCCUUUUAUUCUAGGAACAAGUAUGUAUUUGCAAAAUGGGCGUAGUUCCCCUUUAAAGCAAAGGACUGUAAGAAAUAUACAAAUAAAAUCGGGACUUCGGCAUGCAACAUCCACGUCUACAUCGUCGGUGCGAGGGUCCAGCUGCUCUCGUCUCUCUUCAUCCACCUCUGCUCCUUUUCAUCCUCAUAAUUCACAGAAUCAUGUACAUCUCCAAACAUUUAUGGAUUUCUCUUUCAAAACUGAUUGUUACCUUUGGAAAAAUGAUUUCACCCAAUAAAAAAAACAACUGCA